UGCUACGCCCGCAUAUGGGCGCAAUGAACCCGGCGAUGGCACGGAUACACGGGCCGGAUGCUCAGCCCCGAGCAGGCACGGGCCUGACCGUCGCGGGCAGCAGCAGCGGCGAGAAGAGGUACUUAAGGCGACCCACCUGCGCUCUCGCCGUCCGUGCCCGCUAUCUCUCGCCUCAGCCAAGCCCAGCCCAACCCGUCCAAGACUUCUCCUCCAGCCAACAUGCCGUCCGCCGCCGACACAUACUACUCUGCCGAGGCGUGGAACACGCACGCGCCCGACUACCAGCACCGCUUCUCGCUCGGCCCGCUCUCGCUCGUCGCCGAGCACAUCUUCCCCAAGCUCGACGCCGCGCUCGAGCAGGCCAGCGAGGCCGAGGCGCUGCGCGUCUUCAUCGGCGCCGGCGGCGACGGCGCCGAGGUGGCGCUCAUCGCCAUGCACUACGCCGCCGGCUCGGGCCGCGAGCACCUCGGCAAGAAGCUGCAGAUCGUCUCGACGGACUUUGCGUCGGCCAUGACGGAGAAGGCCACCAAGGCGCUGCAGGAGCGUGCGCCGGCCAUCGCUGCCAGCGGCCAAAUCAAGUUCAUCACUGCCGACGUGCAGGCCCUCGGCCCGGACUUCGCCGACGAGUCAUUCCACCUCUCGCUCUUCACCUUCGGCCCGGCAUACGUCAAGGACCCGGAGGCUGCCUUUAAGGAGAUCCGCCGCAUCACCAAGCCAGGCGGCCGCAUCAUCACGCUGAGCUGGAAGACGAUGAGCCUCAUCGACGAUGCCGACCGCGCGCGCCGCAUGAUCCUCGGGGAGGACACGCCGUCGGUGUACGGCACGCUCGUGGGCAAGUGGGGCGACGAGGCGCACAACAAGGCCGUGCUCGCGGCCGCCGGCUUCGCCGAGAUCGAGGCCAAGACGUUCGAGAUCACGCUCGAGGGCACGGACCUCGUGGAGGACUCGCUCGAGGGCCUCGAGGCGGCACAGCGGAGCGCCGACAGCUCGCCGGCCAUCGCAGUGCUCACCGACGGCCUGACGGCGGAGCAGCGCAUCCAGCUCAAGGUCGCGAGACAGAAGAAGCUCCAGGAGAACAACGUCACGCUGGCGACGGCCAAGGUCACGGGCACCCUCGUCGUGGCUCACGGCAUCGCCGCUUGAGCCAAACGCGCUGUGCAGCUCUGUACUGUUAUGCUCAU